AGCCCCAGGGGCGAGGACACUUAGCCUACAUGCUGCGCCGUCUGCGCUCCAGGCUGCCAGCCAGGAUGUGGAGCAGGACUUCGGAGAAGCAGCCAUGGAGGGACAGCAGUCAGACCCCUUUCCCGUGUCGUAUCCACAGACUUGACCACAUUGUAAUGACAGUAAAGAACAUCAAAGACACCACUACGUUUUAUUCCAAGAUUCUGGGCAUGGAGGUCGUGACUUUCAAGGGAGACCGGAAAGCACUGUGUUUUGGAGACCAGAAAUUUAACCUCCACGAGGUGGGAAAGGAAUUUGAACCCAAAGCUGCUUGCCCAGUCCCUGGUUCCCUGGAUAUUUGUCUGAUCACAGAGGUGCCUUUGGAGGAAGUGGUCCAGCACCUCAAGGCUUGUGAUGUCCCCAUUGAGGAGGGUCCAGUCCCCAGAACAGGGGCAAAAGGGCCCAUUAUGUCCAUUUACUUCCGAGACCCUGACAGAAACCUGAUCGAGGUGUCCAACUAUAUGUCCUCAUGAUGGAGGCGAGCUCUCCGCCCUGCUGUCCCCUGUGAUGUCACCCUCUGUCUUCCUUCCUGCAAAACUUCAUCCCGGGCCCAGAGACCUCCAAGGACGGAGGACUUGCGCACGUCACACAUCUGGCUGGGG